UCUGCAAAAUUUCCAUGUUGAAAUAUUUAUCAUCAUUUGAAUUGUUAAUAAAUAUUUAUUGUUUAAUAAAUAAAAAGAAAAAAUACUAAUGAAAAAUGUUAAUUAGAUGAAUUAAACGUCAAACAGUACUCUUUGACCGUUGAAUUAUUGUGUUUUCACUACUCCACUCGAUCAAAAUUGUGUACACUGUGUGAUUGUUUACCAGUAAAUACACAUAACCUCAAUUCAUCAAUGUUUGAAAACAACUUUUAUGUCAAUUUUAUUUUUUUUUUAUAAAAGAGAUAGAGAAAAAUAGUGCUAAAAAGUAAACAAAACAACUGAAGAAUCAUAACAAUUCUUAUCAUUAUUACUAUUACGUAAUAAAUUUAUAAAAAUUUUAACUUGCAUAUUUAAUUAUAAGAAUGUCAUCAACUGUCAAAGGAUUUUACGAUCUUUGUGUUGACGUUACGAACAAUAAAGAUGUUGAUGGAUUGAUAAAGAAAUUAUAUUUAGAUGGAUAUAGAAUAAUUGCAAUUAAUCAAACAAUAGAUGAAAAAGUUCUCGAUUACAAGAAAAAAACUAAAGUAAAUAAUGAGUCUAAGCAUUUAUUAAAUAAACUAGUAGAUACGUACAAUGAUAUUAAAAGACGAAAUAAUGUUAAUGAGCAACUUAUUCUUUUAAAUCGGCUCACAUUUAUAUAUUCAGAUCCAGCUAAAAUUUAUGCCUUAAAUCAAUUAGAGAAUUUUGUUCAAACCUUUGAUUUAAUAGCUGUUAUUCCAGUUGGAAAUGAUGCUUUACAAUAUGCCUGCACUAAUUCUAUCGCCGAUGUUAUAACGAUUAAUUCAUUCUGUACUAGUGUUAAACUUAAUAGAAAAUUGUAUUCUCAAGCUGUUGAGAAAGGAAUAUUUUUUGAAAUUCAAUAUGCAGAUUUGAUAUCUCCAACUAAACGAAAAAAUAUGAUGCCUCUCGUUCAUUCAUUUUAUAUCUACGGAAAAAGUAAAAAUGUCAUCAUUUCUAGUGGAGCUUCACACAAAAUUUUUGUCAGAAAUCCCUAUGACAUAAUAAAUCUUGGUUGUAUUCUAGGACUGAAUGAGAUCCAAGCUAAAGCAUGCAUAUCGACUCAUUGUCAAAAUUUAUUAACAAGAAGUGAGGGGAGAAAAUAUGGUAAAGGACUUUUUACUAUUUGUCCUACCAAUGAAAAGAACACGAAUAUGAUUAUUGAAUCUAGUAGUGAUACGGAUGAUGAUUGCUAAUCAUUAUGGUUUUUAAAUGUACAUAUUAUACAUAGGUAUUUAUAAAAAAAAUUUUUUAAAAAAUUAAAACUGAACUGAGAUAUAGUAUGCAUUACUAUUAGUGGCAUAUUUUUGUUAUCGGAAGUUGAAUAUUUUUUACAAGAGGUAUUUAAAUGAGAAAUCACUAAUGGAAGUUAAGAAUGAAGACAAUUUACUGAUGGUUUAUUUUCCAUUGUGUUUGAAUAUAGAUAAAUAUUCAAUCAUUUAAAUACAAAUGUUAAAUAAGUUUUACAUAAGAACCUAUCAUGUGUAUGAUACAA